AUGGAAAGUGAUGUGAUUUGUCUGGAUUCUGACGGCGAAGGCGAAAAUGGACCAGCGAACCGUGAUUCCGGCGAGAUGGAAAUUAACACCCAGACCAUCAUCGAGGAGGUGUUGCUGCGUCCGCUGCAAGCGCUUUCGCUGAAACUUUACUUCGAAAGUGACUGCAUCGGUGAAGCGUCGUCGGCGGUGCCUCGGUGCAAUACUCCGGCCACCAACGUUUCCGCAGCCAAAAAUCAGAAUCGAUUGGCCAUCGGAGAGAGACGAUGCACGGAAAUUGUGAGACGCGUUGCCGAACUGGUACGACGCUUCGGACGGCAGCGGUUCCCCAACAGUCACCGCGAUCUCUCCCUGCAACGGGACGCAUGGAAGAAAGUUCUGAAAUUUCUGUUCCUGCUUCGGGCGAUUGGACCGGUUUCACUGAUUCAUGAUGGAAAUAAAUAAAAUAGCACUCCCAUUAGCAAGAGCUUCACAGCUUCACGCCCUGGAGGAAUGUGCAUCGAACUUUCUCCCGAGACGCGCAGAUAUCAUUUGACAGUGAUGGAUGUCAUGGUAGAUUACAUCCGACAUAAAUGUACGGUCCUGACCGGGGAGCGCGAUCCGGUAAUGCUGCUGGCCGAGUGCAACCAGAUCGUCAGCAACCUGUACAUCAUUUUCGACGGCGACAGUGAGUUUGUCACAUUGACGCUGCUCAAGACGGAUCUACUGGCCGGCAGCAGUGCCGUCGCUCUGAUGUAUCCAGUUUUCGAGCAGAUCCUCACCACCAGCCAGUUUCGGCUCUCCACGUCCGGCCCGCUCGGUCUGAUGGAAUACGUUCGCUUGCUGCUUUGCUACAAAAAGUGGAAAGCCAUGGUUCCGGCUCGCCGCGAUAAGGAUACUAUCGCUGCGCUGGCAAUGAAGAUAUUGCCCUCUCGCUGUCCAGAAGCUACCGCUCGACAAGAUUUGCCAUUUGUGCGAAUGCUGCCGCGAGUAAGCGCAACGGCAAAGGAGCAAAAUAAUGAAACCAGAUUCCUCCUGGCUAAGGAUUUGAUGGAUAUCGAGCAACUUUGCACAAUUUAUUUCCGCGAGUACGAAAACCGAUUUUCGUACCUCGCAGCGGAGAAACUGUCCACCGUAGAAAUUAAGAGCAAUUACAUCAAUAUCGAUGCACUGGUGGAAUUCAUUCAGCGCAAAUGUAACUUGCUGCGAAGCAUCAACCGCGAUUUGGAAUCAACGACAACAAAAGCGACCGCCGGUGGCCGGCAGCAGCAGCAGCAGCAGCAGCAACAGCAGCAGCAACUCCAGCAGCUCCAGCACGAAUCCAAUGCCAUCAUCAGCAGCUUGCGGUUGAUAUUUCGCCGGGAUGAGCGUUUUAUUACGCUGACCCUGCUGCGAGUGGAAACAGGACCGGAAUGGCAAUCCAUCCUCGGUCCGGUUUACGACCGCUUUCUGGCGCACCUCGAUCCGGCUUCUGUCAACACCAUCAGUCUGGAGUCGUAUGGCCGGUUACUGCUGUGCUUCAUCAAAUGGAAGUUGCUCUAUCCGGAACAAACGGAGCAAAGUGGACUUGAAGCCGUGGCUACUACGAGCCAUCGAGAACGAAUCGAUACGAUUGCUUGUGCAGCGCUGCCCUAUGACAUCCCGCGUGCAGUCAAGCGAAAGGAAUUGGCCCUGAAGGCUCUUUUUCCCAGGGUGACCACCGCUGUCGGACGGCGGAAGGGCAAAUCGGCGAAAGUCACCGUGACUAGGGCGCUACUGAACUCGAAGCACGUCCGGGAUAACAUUCGAGCCAUAUGCUUACAGUUUCUAACUAUUUGCCGUGGUGGAAAAUCGAACGAAUCGGAAAUAUCAUCGGCUACUACCGCAGUGCACCGCAGUACCAACGAUGAGGACGAGGUAGAAAUCAUCAAAUCCGAGUGCAACUCGGUAAUCAUCCUCGAUAGUGAAGACGAAGACGACAAUGACAACGAAGGCAACAAAACUGAUACUGUCGCUGCUGGUUUUACUGCUUUUGAUGAAUUCGAUAGGUCGGAUGCUACGACCAACAUUACGUUGAUCCAGGCUACACCAAAUACCGAUACGAAACAACACUCUAUUCCAAGUGGAAAAAUGCUCGAAACUGAUCAAUCUUUUACAAUGGAAACCAUUUUUAAUACUCCACCCCCGACGCCGACGGCAGACGAGAACGAAAACCAUGACAACGGCUACAGCAUCCUUCAACAAACUGACUGUCAGUCUAAUGCAACUUUUAACACUAGCGGUUCCGUUUGCAAAACGAAAAAGCAGCAGCAUAAAAGGCUCCCAUUGGGAGUCAACUUUAGAAUAUCCCGAAACGUACGACUUCACAAUAGUCGGUUGAAGCGAGAUUUCCUGACAGCUUUUCGGAAGUUGACAUCCAAAAAUUGUUUUCAAGUCAGGCUAACUUCAGAGCUGGCAGAUUACUGUCUGCUGAAGAGAAUGUGUGACGGUGUCGUUGUCGUGGAUAUUUUAAACCUUGAAGAAGUGAGUGUUAUUCCUAGCAUUCCGUUGAAGCUGCAGGAUGAGGAUGCAGAGAUGCCAGUUGAUAAGUCGUUUAGUUGUCUUCCCUCGACCAGCAUCGAGGAACCAAUUUUACAGAAUCAUAUUCAGCCAAGCUCUUUAGUGGAAAAUUCACCCACCAAAGACGACCAGCUUAUGACUUUGAUAGCAGCAAUAGACGAUCUCCCGCCAGCUUCAGUGGAUUUCGCGGUUUUCUCCGAGGAAUCCGAUCGGUUUUCCAUCGAGAUUCUCGCCAACAAUCAAGAGCCGCCGUCGUCCGUGAUGGACGAGGACGCACUGUGGCACAGUGACACCUGCUCCAUUUUUGCUGAUCUUAAUUUCAAUCUGUGGUUAGACCCAGAAAUAUCAAACAUGCCAUCCAUUAUCUGA